CGGAAAGGCAGAGCAUCCCCGAUGGCCGCAUCAUCAGUCAGUCUCGCAUGAUAUUCGUUCCAUUCCAGCUUCAUCGCAGGCACAUCGGCCAAGACCUCCCCUUCUGCUGCUUCCUCUACCUCCCCGCAAGUCCAGCAUGUUGAACUAGUGGUUUCGCUGGCCUCUCCCGUUGAAUCUCGCCCAGGAGCCUCCCGCCCAUUUAGUCCUCCAGUACCUGCCCGACUCACCUCCUCGAUCCUCGCGCCUUUUAACCUCCACCUCACUUUUCCACCCACGACCUCCCUUCGAAUCCCUGCGCGAUGGCGUCGGCCAUCUUCUUCCUCGAUCUCAAGGGCAAGACCCUUCUAGCCCGAAACUACCGCGGAGACAUCCCCAUGUCCGCCGUCGAGAAAUUCCCCAUCCUACUCAGUGACGCCGAAGAAGAGAGCUCCGCCGUGGCUCCGUGCUUUUCCCACGAAGGAAUUAACUACCUCUACAUCCGUCACAGCAACCUUUACAUUCUUGCCCUGACUAAGAAGAACACCAAUGCCACCGAGAUCCUCCUUUUCCUGCACAAGAUCGUGGAGGUAUUCACGGAAUACUUCAAAGUACUGGAGGAGGAGAGUAUCCGCGAUAACUUUGUCAUCAUCUAUGAAUUGCUCGAUGAGAUGAUGGACUUUGGCUACCCGCAGACGACGGAGAGCAAGAUAUUGCAAGAAUACAUUACCCAAGAAUCACACAAGCUGGAGAUCCAAGCCCGACCACCCAUUGCUGUCACCAAUGCCGUGUCAUGGCGAAGUGAGGGUAUCCGGUACCGCAAGAACGAAGUCUUCCUUGAUGUUGUGGAGUCCCUUAACCUCCUCGUGUCCGCGUCUGGUAACGUGUUGCGAUCGGAGAUUCUCGGAGCUAUCAAGAUGAAGUGUUAUCUGAGUGGUAUGCCGGAGCUUCGUCUGGGCUUGAACGACAAGGUCAUGUUCGAAACCACGGGUCGCGCAACAAGAGGAAAGGCCGUCGAGAUGGAGGACGUCAAGUUCCAUCAGUGUGUCCGACUUUCUCGGUUCGAGAAUGACCGCACCAUCAGCUUCAUUCCCCCGGAUGGCGAGUUCGAGCUGAUGAGCUACCGGUUGAACACCCAAGUCAAGCCUCUGAUUUGGGUGGAAUGUCUGGUGGAGUCGCACUCUGGUUCGCGCAUGGAGUACAUGUUGAAGGCCAAGGCCCAAUUCAAGCGCCGCAGCACUGCCAACAACGUAGAGAUCCUCGUCCCAGUCCCAGAAGAUGCCGACUCACCCCGUUUCCGCACCAACAUCGGAACCGUGCACUACGCGCCUGAGAAAUCCGCCAUCAUCUGGAAGAUCAAGCAGUUCGGCGGAGGCAAGGAGUUCCUCAUGCGCGCAGAGCUGGGUCUGCCGUCCGUAAAGGGCGACGACGAGCACGGCGGUGGCAUGACCGGCGGUUUCGGAGGUAGCAUGGGUGGAACUGGGCAGGGCAAGGCAAAACGGCCGAUCAACGUCAAAUUCGAAAUCCCUUACUUCACUACUAGCGGUAUCCAAGUCCGGUACUUGAAGAUCACGGAACCUAAGCUACAAUACCCCUCCCUCCCAUGGGUGCGAUAUAUAACACAAUCAGGCGACAUUGCUGUCCGCAUGCCAGAUGUACAAUGAUGUAAAGCGUGUUUCUUCUUUAGUUUCAUUCAAUAGAUAUACUUUCUCUCUUUUUCUUUGCAUCAAGCAUGGAUCAUUCAUCUAUUGAUGGAGUGUACUCCUCGUACAGAUUUGAUGCACUAGCACAUGAUCCUCGAC